UUGCGUGUGUGGGUGUGCCUAAAUGAAGUACAGGAAGGGGAGGGGGGCACAGUCAGCUAGUGACGUGCUUAGAGUUAGAUCUAGCUUUCUAGAACACAAGUGAAAUUUAGUCAUAUUGGAAGACUGUAUUUAUCGCAUUGAUAUUUUCAUAGUACUUUUAAGUGCAUUUCUUCUUGUCAAGAAUAUGACAAGUACGGCUUUGUAACUUUUUUAUCUAUGAGCAUCAAGACUGGAGACACAACAAUGAGCAUAUUUGGCCAGACCAGUACUGCGUUUGGAGGGACGUCCGUGUUCGGUGGUACCUCCACCCCAGCGGCACAGACCCAGGGUACCCACAAUCCCAUGAAGGACAUCGAGGUUGUGUCUCCGCCAGAUGACAGCGUGGCGUCCAUGGCCUUCAGCCCGGCAGCCACCCCCACCACUACCUCCACCUUUCUUGUGUCAGGAUCCUGGGACAACAAUGUACGGUGUUGGCAGAUUGAACAGAAUGGACAGACCAUCCCUAAGGCAGAACAGAAGCACACAGGCCCUGUACUGGAUGUGUGCUGGUCAGAUGAUGGCACCAAGGUGUUUUCAGCCAGCUGUGAUAAACAAGCCAAGAUGUGGGACCUGAACAGUAACCAGUGUAUUCAGGUGGCACAGCAUGAUGCUCCUAUCAAGACAGUUCACUGGGUCAAGGCCCCCAACUACACCUGCCUAAUGACAGGCAGCUGGGACAAGACCCUGAAGUUUUGGGACACACGAACUCCAAACCCUAUGAUGACGAUUCAACUGCCUGAGAGGUGCUACUGUGCUGAUGUGAUGUACCCCAUGGCUGUGGUGGGGACAGCAGGGAGGGGCAUUAUUGUCUAUCAGCUGGAGAAUCAGCCCAAAGAGUACAAGAAAAUAGAGUCACCUCUGAAGUAUCAGCAUCGAUGUGUUUCCAUCUUUAAGGACAAAGAUGGCCACCCUACAGGGUUUGCUCUAGGUUCUAUUGAAGGAAGGGUGGCCAUCCACUAUGUGAAUGCCACCAACCCGAGAGAUAACUUCACCUUCAAGUGUCACCGGUCUAAUGGUAGUAACAACACUGUGCAAGACAUUUAUGCUGUGAACGGAAUAGCAUUUCAUCCCGCCCAUGGAACUUUGGCCACCGUGGGGUCCGAUGGCAAGUUCAGUUUCUGGGACAAGGAUGCGCGUACCAAACUGAAGACGUCGGAGCAGCUGAAUCAGCCUAUUUCUGCCUGCACAAUUGACCCCCGAGGAAACAUCUUUGCAUACGCAGCUAGUUAUGACUGGUCAAAGGGCCAUGAGUACUACAACCCACAACAGCAGAAACCUUGCAUCCUGCUGCGCAGCUGUGCUGAGGAACUCAAGCCUAGGAACAGACGGACCUAGAGAUGACUAACUACUGAGCAGAGACCUAGAGAGACAAGCAAAGUAGAUGCAGUAUAAACUACAUGUACCUAGACUGUGUAAGAGAGUAGCCAAAAGGAAGCAACAUGCAAAACUAUAUAAAGUUCUACCCAAGAUAAUAUCAUGCUAGAUUACGUUAAGACUACUGCAACGGCAUAUGGAAGGCAAGACAUGUUACUGAUAAUGUAUGUAGGCUAGUUGCCCAUAGUUGUCCUACCUGCACUGAACAGAUUGUCUGAUAGGGUAAAAAAGACUAUGAUCAUGAAUGUUAGUGAACCUCAUGCAAGUAAACUUGUUAGGUGAUAUUGCCACCCAAAACAAUAUCUCUCAAAAGGGAUAAAUCUUUUUUGUCCCGAAUACUGAUGACAUAACAAGGUUAUCUGUUAGUAAUUAGGAUUAAGGGAGUUGUGAUAAUUUGUUUUCAUACCACUGUAGUAUUCACACUGCUGUACAGAUAUUUAGGUCUGCAUACAUGUCCUUGUAAAACUAACA